GGUUUCCGUGCCUGCACUUGGAGCCCCGCCCCCAUCUGUCUGUGCCAUCUUGAACAAAAACGGCGGAUGAAAAAGGCCGAUAGAAAGAUGAGGCGAAUGUUUUAACAAGAGCUUUCAAACAAGCGCCUCGUGAGUUAGAUUCCGGACACGACGUUGUGGAACGGAAGUGGCACUUCGUGGAAAAACAGGAGCCAGCUAAGCUUAGCUUAUGAGCUAGCCUGGCUAAGCUAAUGAAUAGCGGAUGCUACUAGCAAGAGUUUCAAGUUUCCACUCGGCACCGCUGGAAUACGCUUGAGUUAUUAAUUAUUUGUGUACAAAUUGGGUUGUGCUUUGCGAGCUACGAGAAGCUGCGGAAAAGGACAUGAGCAAACGUCGUGUGGACGUCCCGCCGUUGCCGCUAUGAGGACGCAAGCUCGUUAGCACGACUGCUAAGCGCUCGAUUUUCGUUCCUGAGCGGAACCGCAAUAACCUGAGGCCCUGGCCAUGCCCUCGAGCGCAAGGGCGGGCAAUCUGAAGGACCCGGACGUGGCGGACCUCUUCUGCAGGGACGACCCCGAGAAGCUCUUCGCGGACCUCAGGGAGAUUGGUCAUGGAAGCUUUGGAGCUGUCUACUUUGCCCGAGAUGUGCGCAACAAUGAGGUGGUGGCCAUCAAGAAAAUGUCCUACAGCGGCAAGCAAACAAACGAGAAGUGGCAGGACAUCAUCAAAGAGGUGAAGUUCUUGCAGAAACUCCGCCAUCCCAACACCAUUGAGUAUCGUGGAUGUUACUUGAAGGAGCACACAGCAUGGCUGGUGAUGGAGUACUGUCUGGGUUCAGCCUCCGACCUCCUUGAAGUUCACAAGAAGCCUCUACAGGAGGUUGAGAUUGCUGCUAUUACCCAUGGUGCACUGCAGGGGCUGGCCUACCUUCACUCUCACAACAUGAUCCACAGGGAUGUGAAAGCGGGUAACAUCCUGCUGACGGAGCCCGGUCAAGUCAAGCUUGGCGACUUUGGCUCUGCUUCCAUUGUGGCCCCGGCCAACUCCUUUGUGGGGACGCCCUACUGGAUGGCUCCUGAGGUCAUCCUGGCUAUGGACGAGGGACAGUACGAUGGAAAAGUGGAUGUCUGGUCGCUGGGCAUCACCUGCAUCGAGCUGGCGGAGAGGAAGCCCCCACUGUUCAACAUGAACGCCAUGAGUGCCUUAUACCACAUCGCUCAGAAUGAAAGCCCUGUCCUGCAGUCCAAUCACUGGUCCGAUUCCUUCCGCAACUUUGUGGACUCCUGUCUGCAGAAGAUUCCCCAGGACCGACCUACAUCUGAUGUGCUGCUUAAUCACCGGUUCCUGUGCCGCGAACGUCCGUUGACGGUGGUCAUGGAUCUGAUAGCCCGCACCAAGGAUGCCGUGCGCGAAUUGGACAACCUGCAGUACCGUAAGAUGAAGAAGAUCCUCUUCCAGGAGACUCAGCCGAACGGCCCCGUGUCAGAGGGAGGAGAGGAUGAGGAGGAGGCGGAGCAGUACCUCUUGCGCACAGGCACGGUGAACAGCACAGAGAGCUCGCAGUCAGUGCCCAGCAUGUCCAUCUCGGCCAGCUCCCAGAGCAGCUCCGUCAACAGCCUGGCCGACGACGCCUCUGACGACAGCAGCGGCGAGAUGGCCAUGAUGCAGGAGGGAGAGCACACCGUCACCUCCAACAGCUCCAUUGUACACCGACGUGCUGCUCAGGACAACAUCUAUGACGAUCCUUACCAACCGGAGCUUGAUCAACCCCAGGCUCCCUCAGCGGGCCGCCGCAGAGCCUAUUACCGCAACCGAGACCACUUCGCCACCAUCAGAACCGCGUCUUUGGUGACCCGUCAAAUCCAGGAGCAUGAGCAGGGCUCGGCGCUGCGCGAGCAGAUGUCGGGGUACAAGCGGAUGCGGCGACAGCACCAGAAGCAGCUGAUGGGCCUGGAGAACAAGCUUAAGGCCGAGAUGGACGAGCAUCAGCUCAAGCUAGACAAGGAACUGGAGAACCAGAGGCACGGUUUCUCCUCGGAAGCAGACAAGCUGCUCAAGAAGCAUCAGGCCAUCCUGGAGAAAGAGACCAAAGCUGCUCUGGCGGAAGAGAAGAAGUUCCAGCAGCACAUUCUGGGCCAGCAGAAGAAAGAACUAACCAGUUUACUGGAGUCCCAGAAGCGUCAGUACCGCCAACGCAAGGACCAGCUGAAAGAGGAGCUUAACGAGAACCAAUCCACUCCCAAGCGAGAGAAGCAGGAGUGGCUGAUCCGGCAGAAGGAGUGUCUGCAGCAGAUGCAGGCGGAGGAGGAGGCCGGUUUGCUGAGGAGGCAGCGGCAGUACUAUGAGCUGCAGUGUCGUCAGUACAAGAGGAAAAUGCUGUUGGCGAGACACAACCUGGAACAGGAUCUCCUCCGAGAGGACCUGAAUAAGAAACAGACACAGAAGGAUCUGGAGUGCGCCAUGCUGCUGCGCCACCACGAGUCCACUCAGGAGCUGGAGUUCAGGCAGUUGGGCUCGGUGCAACGGACCCGCGCUGAGCUAAUCCGAACUCAGCAUCAGACUGAGCUGACCAACCAGAUGGAGUACAACAAGCGACGAGAGCAAGAGCUGCGCCAGAAACACACCGCUGAGGUGCGGCAGCAGCCUAAAAGCCUCAAGACCAAAGAGCUACAGAUCAAGCGUCAGUUCCAGGAGACCUGCAAGAUCCAGACGCGUCAGUACAAAGCCUUACGCAACCACCUCCUGGAGAGCACACCCAAGUCAGACCAUAAGGCCGUGCUCAAACGCGUCAAGGAGGAACAGACACGCAAACUGGCCAUCUUGGCAGAGCAGUACGACCGCUCCGUCAAUGACAUGUUGUCCACGCAGGCUGUGAGUAAGCUGCGAUUGGAUGAGACCCAAGAGGCAGAAUACCAGGUGCUACGUAUGCAGCUGCAACAGGAACUGGAGCUGCUCAACGCCUAUCAGAGCAAAAUCAAGAUGCACACUGACACACAGCACGAGCGCGAGAUCAAAGAGCUGGAGCAGAGAGUGUCCAUACGCCGCGCCCUCCUCGAGCAACGGAUCGAAGAGGAAAUGCUCUCCCUGCAGAACGAGCGCUCGGAGCGUAUCCGGACGUUGUUGGAGAGGCAGGCUCACGAGAUCGAGGCCUUCGACUCGGAAAGCAUGCGUCUGGGCUUCAGCAACAUGGCGCUAAGCGGCAUUCCUGCCGAAGCAUACAACCAGGGGUACCCCGCCCCCAACCCCUCCUCGGGCUCGGGAGCGUGGCCCUCGCGCCCUGUCCCGCGCUCGGGCAGCCACUGGAGCCACAGCGUGCAGAACUCUGUGUCCACACCGUCAUGGCGCGGCCAGAACCAUGGCGGCGGAGGCUUCGUCAGAACCGACUCAGUGGUGUCGGCGCAUGGCUUCGGCAGGGACGGUGACACAGUGAAGGGCGGUAGGGCGUCCUCUUCAUCCUCCGCGUCAUCCUCGUCCUCGCACCACCAUCAACGCAGCCAUCACCAACAACAACCGCCACAGACGCAGUCUCACUACCUCCCCCAGCACUACCAGCACCACCAGAGUACGCCUCACCUCUACCGUGACGAGAGGGAACGCGCCAGGGAGUGGGCAGGUGGCGGCAGCCACUAUUCCCAUCACUCCCAGGGCGGCGGCCAAUACCACCACCUAUCUUCCCACGCCUCCGCCCAGUCUCUGGCCCUGCUGCCGCCCCCUCCCGUGCCUCCACCUGCCUCCCGCUCCUCUUCGCCCCCGUCCUCAGCUUCGUCCUCCUCCUCGUCCCAAGGGGGCUACGGCGGCGGCCUCGGAGUGCGGGGCCCCGGCCUGAUGGCACUCAGGAACAGCCCCCAGCCUCUGCGCAGGACGGCCUCGGGUGGUCCAGGGGGCGGUGGAGGCAGCGAUGGCGGCCUCAGUCGCAGCACGUCUGUCACCUCUCACAUUUCCAAUGGCUCGCAUCUGUCCUACUCAUGAAAAUUCCACAAAGGCUAUGUUGAGACUGCAAGACUUAAUGGACAAAUCUAGAUCUUUUUAAUCAUAUCCCAUCUUUUUAUGUGGCUAUUCAGACCGCCGUCAUCCAUAGCGGACCUAAAAAUCACGUGUGUGUAGAAGUUUGCCAUGCACUGAAGCAUAAAAUUAACCAUGCCGUCGGAUUGGAAAAUAUCCAUGCGACUUAGCCCUUUCAGACCCUUUCGUGAAAGUAUCCCACUUGAGUCCGAUUUGGGUCUCUACAAGCUGCAGUCUCAACGUAGCCAAAGAUGGUCGAAUUGAAACGUCCAGUGGCGGCUCGUUUGCUCUUUUUGUUGCACAAGACCAGGUGUGAGAUUUUUUCUUUCGGAUGUUGCGUAUCGCUUCCUCUCAGCUCGCGGUGCUUUUUAAACCACUCCCACCCUGUAAAUAGGCUCCUUCCCCUGUUAUUUUUUGUGUGUGUUUGAUACUGUUGAGUAGAAAUUGCAUAGAUAAUGAAACAUAAACCGCUCCACGUGCCAGUCUUCCGUUUGCUGCCACAAUGUCGGCAAGCUAUGCCAUCCCUGUUUUGGGGAACUGGGUUCGCUUGGGGAGGGCUUGGUGCCCCAUUUGCUCCAAUUUGUAAUUAGCUUAAUUUAGCUUUCCGUCUCUGCUCCGUCCAAUAUGAACUCAGAUGUGGAUUUUUGUUUUCCCGUUUUUUCAUUUUAACAAGUUAUUUUGAUCUGAGACUUUUAACAAAGGGGAGUCAAAAGAUGCUUGUUUGUCACGUUUUACGUUGCGUCACGCUACGAAUUGUUUUGUGUUACCACACAUUACAUCACUGCAGGGCCAGAGGUCAUGAGAUGUUAUCCUAUGAACUGUUUUCUUCCGCCGCGUUACAAUACAUCUAGCUUUGGCACUUUACAACAAUUCACGCAGUUGCAGGUUUUAUCGCGACACGCAGCAGUGUAUCAGUGGAUGACAGCUACACGUGUUACAUUGUGAACUGUAACUGUUAAUUGUUAGUGUAACCGGUUUUGCAUAGAGUCGCGCGACGCGGUCCGUCCCUCUCGUCCAGGUCAGGACUCGCACCCACGCCGCACGACACAUCCAGCACGGCUGGCGAGUGCGCUGACCACUAAGCCAAAAGCCCGGGCUAGUGGCUUUAGCUGCACAGCUCACAACGGACACGCGUGCACCUGUUACAUUAGCACGUUACAUUACAAUGCCUGGCACACGUAGGCUUGCCACCCGUCUUUGAAAUAAGGAAUUGUUCCUAAUUGGGAAUUAAAAGUUGCGUUCCGUAUUGAACCAAUACGGAAUAUAAAUAAAUUGAUAUUUUUCUAUGCAUUUUAGGAGUUUUUGGGAUGUCACUUUUUUUCCCAACACGUUACAACGUAAGUGUUGGGAAAUGCUCAAACACAUUCCAUAAGACGUUACGAUCAUUAGCCGAGUUAAUAAAAACUUGUAGUGAGUUAUCGAACAUUACGUCAUGGAGUGUUAUGACGCAGUACUUUACGACAUGCUACGUCGCCAAAUAUUACUCUUAUGUCGAGUGACUCGUUACCUCAAAGCUACGAGUUCCGUAACAGCGUGCAACAUUAUGAAACGUUUAGUUCCAACCUGUUACCUAUUACUAUUUUGGCGUUUACAAUGCUGGCCGUUACAGCACGGCAAUCCCCGAUGAAAGCUCGCUGCUCAGGGGUUGUGGUUACUUUUGAAACGAGAGUUACUGUUAAACUUUUUUUUUUUUUUUUAAACUAAAGAAUCUCAAUGUGAACGUCAGGCCCUUGCUGACACGCCAUGUACAUAGCUGCGCAAACUCAAAAGCGUCUUAGUAACCAUAAGGAUCAUUUUAUCAUGUGACCUACUUGACCCAUAGAUGCUACUGCUGUCAUAUUUAUGUCGAAUGCCAUUUUUUAAUGCAAAUUUUUAUUUGUUUUUAAAAUGUGACUGCCAACGUUAACCACUCUGUGGCUAAGAAUCAGCGCAGUGCAACGUUACUGUGAUACGUACGAGUUCAUAUUAAGUCAAUUUCCCAGCAUUCCAUGUUUUCGUGUCAGUAUUAGCAUGUGGAGCGUUCCCACAAUCCUUUGGUGCCAUGUUCAACUUGAUUUGUUUUUCGGUCUGUGUGUGUGCGUGUGUCUGCAUGGGUAGAAGUGUUGAAGGAUGGGGCCGCUUCCUUCCGCCGUGGCAAAGACCAGCAUCGCCGUCUUUGGUUGUCACGUCUACCUCAUUUGCACUGAUGGUCAAAGAAUGUUUGGCUCUUGACAAGCGAGCGACAUUUCACUUUUUGACUUGUUUUGUUGAUGAAACCUUUUGAUUUGACGAGAAGGUAUAAAGUGGCACAAAGAGUUUAGGAAACAGGAAGCACACUUUUGUCUUCUUGGAUCUCCAGUUGAAGGAGGAAAGUUUUGGCGAGAAAGACGUGAAGAUUAUUUUUCUAGAAGUCAGGAAGAGCGAGUUCACACCAUUACAAACAUAUUUCUGGAAGCUUAUUUUCUUCCCAAACAUCAGGCUUUCUUCACACACAAACACAAGUGAAAAAAUAUGAAACAUUGGAGGAGGGGGGGCAGUUGUACAGGAACUUAACAAAUACUUUUGGAAAAAUAAACAUCAGUACGUUGCAUUGUUUUUUUGUCUUUCUUGUCUAGCCUUUUAUAACGGAAACAAAUCUUUAAUUUUCAAGCCAUUGAUUCAUAUAGGACAGUGGUUCUUAACCUGGGUUCGAUCUAACCCCAGGGGUUCGGUGAAGGUUAAGACCCGCAGGGCCAUAUUUUUGGACGCUUACUAAAUCUAGCCAAAGUGGCAUUUUAGACCAGGUUCUGGACUGGUUAGUGCCCAAUAUACAGACUUUAUUCCAAUUCUUCAACUGCUAGUCCUAGAGAAACUGGUUUGCACAGUGGAAGGUUGACUCGGUAUGCGGAAGUGAAACCAGACCUAUGGGUAUGCACAGAGUUUACAUUAAAACAUUUGCGUCACAUUUUAUGCCAUGAAAAUAGUAUGUGAGGCAAGGAUGUGAAUGAGAAUGUCGACAUGAAAACAAAAAUAGAAAAUUUGAAAUGAAUCAACUUUAGUAUCGUUUUCCAAUGUGGAAAAUUAAAAGACAAAAUUAUUUGUUGUAAAUAUAUACUGUGUAUUGGAUUUGUGAGUAUUCAUGUUUUGUUUUUGUAACAUAAUGACUGUCUACAAAUUUGGCGAUCAUUUUGUGCAGGGUUAUUCAUUAAAUUUGAUGUCCUGUGAGAUGUAACUACACAGUCAAGGCACAGUCAAGGUUAAAGCAACCAAGCAGGUUUAAUGCUGUACAAUAUAAGCUAUAUUGAUUAUAUUCCUCCAAAUUUUAAUGAAAAUUCUCAGAUAUGCGCAUUGGGUCAGUCUUGGUUUAGUGGUCUGAUGAUGCUGCAGGCAUAAAGAUAAAAAUAUACAUUUUGGCCUAUUUAAGAACAUGCUGUCUAAAUGAGAAGAAAUUUAAAUGGAAAUUUACUUGGACUUUAGCUUGCUAGCUUAGAUAUUUCGAUUUAGAAUUCGAAAAAAAAGAAAGAAAAGAUUUUUCUAAUUCCAAAGGGUUCAGUUAAUGCACGUGUGAAACUCAUGGGGUUCUUAACCUAAGAACCACUGAUGUAGGAUAACUGGUGGUAGAUCUUUCUUGUCCGGUUGAAA